CUUUGGGUAUGUUUAAAAUAAAGUGCGAGUUACAAUGGACAACUUUCUAAACUAAUUUACUCGCCAAGGUCUUCCUUUUGCCAUCGGCGGCAAAGCUCGAAGAUACAAAGCAGAAAUCCAAGAUCAACGGUCUGUAUGGCGUAAUUGUCGAUGAUUCUGUGGUUGGAGCUUCCUGGGGCAGAUGUCUUAAUCUGCUGAUAAGGUUGAAGUCAUCUGUCACUGAGUUGGCAGAUUUAAAAAAGAAGCUACAUUUUGACAUGGAAAAGACAAAUUCUUUAUCUAAAGAUGAGGUCCUUGCUGAAUUGAUGGCUAUGGGCUUUGAAUUUCUUGCUGCUUUGCAAGCAGUGGAAACUGUGGGGCAGUCUGUAGGUGAUGCAGUAGAAUUUAUUUUGGCAGGGGAUCCUGUUAUUUCUCACCAAGGUGGAAAUAUUAGUAGCAAUAAUCAAAACAAGUUGAUUAGCACACAUUCUAGAGAGGAGUUUGGAGCUGGACAAAAUAUUGAACCCGUUAUUGGCCUUGAUACGAAGAGGCAGUCUCUGAUUACAGAAAAGUUUAAGCCAUCUAGGAAACAUGAUAAGUCCGGGUCCUCUGGCAUGUCUAACACCACAUCAAUUGUUGAUGAAAAUGGUGCAUUCGAACCCUGUGGCAAUACUUCUUGUACAUCCCUUUUAGAAGAGACAGAAUUGAACUGGGAAAAGGAUGCAGAAAUUAUUGUACAAAGGUAUUUCGGCCAUACAGAAUUGAAGUGCUUUCAGAAAGAAGCUUUGAAAGCAUGGGCAGCUCAUCAAGAUUGCCUUGUUCUUGCUGCUACUGGCUCAGGCAAGUCCCUUUGUUUCCAGCUCCCUGCGUUAAUGACAGGCAAAGUGGUAGUGGUGGUAUCUCCUUUAAUUAGCCUUAUGCAUGAUCAGUGCUUGAAGCUAGCAAGACAUGGGGUUUCUGCUUGCUUCCUUGGCUCAGGACAAGUUGAUAAAAGUGUAGAGGAUAGAGCAAUGAAAGGCAUGUAUAGCGUUGUUUAUGUCUGUCCAGAGACACUGCCACGAAUAAUUGAUUCACUACAGAGGCUUGUAGAAAAUCGUGGUAUUGCUCUCUUUGCUAUUGAUGAAGUUCAUUGUGUUUCCAAGUGGGGCCAUGAUUUUCGGCCUGCUUACAGGCGAUUGUUGAUAUUGAGAGAAAAAUUCAAGGCUAGCAACUUCAAGUCACUUGAGUAUGAUAUACCAAUCAUGGCUCUUACUGCUACUGCUACUCAUCGUGUUCGGGAAGACAUUCUAUGUUCUUUGGGCAUUAAAGCAACUGCUAAAAUUGUUCUCACUUCCUUCUUCAGGCCAAAUUUGAGAUUCUUGGUGCAUCAUAGCAACACUUCUCAGGGUUCCUCUUAUGAAAUGGAUUUCCAAGAGUUAAUUAUUGCUUAUACUAAAAAAAAAGGUGUUGAUCUUAGUGAAAAAAAUAGCAAAACAGGUGUUCAUCUCGAAAAUGUGCAACAUGUUCUUGAAAAGAAACAAGGACUUACAAUAGAAAAUUCUUCCGAUUCAGAUACAGUAUCCUCCAGUGAAUCUGAUACGUAUAUGGAAGAGACUGAUAACCAUAAUUGUGAUGUUAAUUAUGCUGCAACCUAUGGAGAUGAAGAGGAUGCUUAUGAAGGUCAGCAGAUGACUGCUGAAUACCUUGAAGAUGAGAAUGAUGAGCAGAUGGUUGAAGAUUUUGAUGUGACAUUUGGUGAAUUUAAAGGUUCUCUGUGGGAAAAAGACAAGAAUUUAGGAGCAGAAUACAAUUUUGUCAAAGCAGCUGAUCAUUCAAUCUUGAAGGAAGAAAACUCUGUACUAGGAUUGGGUCCAAGUAUCAUAUACACACCCACAAGAAAGGAGACAGGGAGGCUGGCAAAUUUUCUGUGCAAGUUUGGCGUGAAGGCUGCAGCUUAUCAUGCAAAGUUGCCAAAGAAACAUUUGCAUAACGUGCAUGAUCUGUUUCAUAAUGACUCAUUACAGGUGGUUGUCGCAACAGUUGCUUUUGGCAUGGGAAUUGACAAGUCAAAUGUUCGGCAAGUUAUUCAUUAUGGUUGGCCACAGAGCUUGGAGGCUUAUUAUCAAGAAGCUGGUAGAGCUGGAAGAGAUGGAUUACUAGCCGAUUGUACUUUAUAUGCUGACAUGACAAGGCUUCCAUCACUAUUACCUAGUAGAAGAGAUGCAGAACAAACUCAAAAUGCACUUAGUAUGCUCUCAGACUGUUUUAGAUAUGGGGUUUCAACAACAUGUUGCAGAGCGAAAACACUGGUUCAGUACUUUGGGGAGGAUCUGAUUGCAAUGAAAUGUGGAAUAUGUGAUAUUUGCAUAAAAGGGCCACCUAAAUGUGAGAACCUCAUCAAGGAAGCAGAGAUAUUACUUAGGGUUUUGGUGGAACUACAGAGCAAUGUAAAUUAUGGACAAUCAGACCUUAAUAAUAAAAGAACUGGAGAUCAUCAUUUUGGAAGAUGCUCAGAAAUGGUUUCCUUCAAGGAGGUCAUUGAAAGGGUGAUAGAACAGCAUGAAGAGGGGCGAGCAAAAGGUAGAUUAUGGUGGAGAGGAUUUGGGCGCAUGUUAGAAGAUAUUGGAUAUAUUAGAGAGGUAGCAAUGCAAAGAAAUCAGGGGAAAUUUCUCACGAUAAAAAAUCCAGAGCCUACAGUUCUUGGCCUAGAAUUUUUAAAAGGAUGUGAUCUUCAUCACAUGUCUGCUAGUGCAGGAGAUCAUUCUUUGUCGCUCUUUCCUGAAGGUGAUAUGCUCCAGGCAAUGAAAAUGCAAGAGUCAACAUCUGGAAAUAGUGAAUGGGGAAGGGGUUGGGCAGAUACAGAAAUUCGGCAGCAACGGCUCAAAGGUCGAAAGAGGAGAAAGAAGCGAAAAAGAGCAUCAAGAAAGCCAAAACAAAAUUUAAAUACUGUUCGAGGGCGACUUUCUGCAAAGAUAUCAAAGAAAAAAAAAUAAAAGUUGUCUGCAUUAAAGGCUAACAUGUAAAUCAAACAAUUGGAAAGUGUACUGGAUAUUAUCUCAUUAGUCUAUUUUCAAAUUCUUGAAAAAUCAUCACUUGUUUGUUAGUGUUUGACAAAAUAUACUGAUGAACAUCCCAUGCUUGAGUCUUGACCCAUCAUAAAGCAAAUUUUACUGCUAUUUCUUAUACCAUGAUGGGUUCUCACGGAAAUCUGUUUCUGCUUCUGUUUGAUGAAUGUAAUCAUCGGAAAAUUCUUCAUACAUUUUGAAAACGCUUUUCUUUUCUAAUUAUUUCUGGGCUCGAGCACCAGAUAUUAAUAAAAAUAUCCAUUUUUACCUUGAAAAAA